AUGCUAACAAGAUCCCUAAUCCUUCACACAAAAGACAACCACAAACUCCUAAACCUCCUUUCCAAAUUCAAACUCUCCAGUCCCAGCUUAAACUCCUUCGAGCAGCAACAAAAAAUUGACCAUGCUCUCCAAGAAUACGACCGAAUAAACCUGACUAAAGAUAUAGAACAAAUCGAAAAUAUUAAGAACAAGAAGUUCUCAGGCGUCGAUUUCCAACUGAGUGAGAUUCAUCAUAAUAUGGAAGCUAAUGCGAGGCUAUUUCCUGCUUUUUCAGAUACGAAUAUUAAGGAUUAUGAGAGAUAUGGAACGCUUGAGAGUGGAUUUAAGACUAGUGCGCAAGGGUUGCAGGUUAAUACGGCAAAGAUUAUGUUUGAUAAGAUUCAUUCAGGGAUUAGUAGGAAAAAUACUGUUUUUGAUAUGGAUGAUGAGCCGGAGUUAGUGGAGGCUUCUACGAUGACUGAGUUGCCCGAUCCUUUGUUGGUCAAGCUUGAGGCUAUGAAGAAACUCUUACAAAAAUCUAAGGUUAAAGUUGAAGAGAAAAAUGAAGCAAAUAAAAAGCUAGUGUCAAAACUGAAAUUAGUGAAGGAUGAUUUCUCUCUAAUCUCUCGUGAUCGUAGAGACCUCGAGUUACAAGUUGAGCAUGAGAAAAAAAAGUUCUAUAACCUCAUUAAAAAAAAAAACACAAGAAUUAAGAAAUUGGAAGAGCAAAAUUUUAACAAGGAAAUCCAAGUGAAGACUCUCACCAGACAGAUCACAAAUCUACAGGAUGAGAAGAAGUUAUUCCUGCAAAACUUAGAGAAUACUCAGUCUGAGCUGAAGAAGAACAAACUAUUGGUCAGGUCUCUAACUAAAUAAACUUGAGAGCAAAGAUCUCGAGGAUUUUCUCAGAAGAGAAAAUCAAGAUUUAAGUUGGAAGAAAACUCCUGGCGUAGAUUUUGAGUGACAGACUCAGGCAGAGACUCAGCAUGGGUUUGGCUCAGUUAAUCUUGAGAGAAUGCCAACAGGAGUGGUAUCCAGGAAGCCUGCAAUGAAACAUCUCUUGGCUGCAUUUAACGCCAAACUAUCUUUCUUACCUCUCUCCUUAAAAACUAAUAAAAUUCAUAUAAGCGCCUCUUCAGUUUCAAUCUACCAACCAUAUAAAAUCCCAAACAAGUUAUAUCAUCGACUCCUUUACUCCAAAUUCUCAAAAGCCUCAUUUCACAUAGAAGAAGACAAAGAGACCACUCAAACCCCCAAAGCUUCAUCCAAACGUCCCUCUAAAAUUCCAACUACAAAAUUUGCCAAGGCAAGAUUCCUUGGUCUCAAAGUCCCGCACUGCUCAACCUCAAGGAACUUCAGGAGCUAUGACUUGCUGAAGAAAGCUUCACUUCUGAAGUACGAGCAUAAGUUUAAUAAGCCAGCUGAUGAUUUCAAGUCUAAGACUCCAAGAAUGAGGGUGGUUAAACAAAUUGAGAUAGAGGAAAUUCUUAAGAAGAACUACUCAGGGUUCUUACCAAUCCCUGAAGCUCCCUUACAGCCUGAUUUCAAAACUUUCGAACCUGUCUUAAGGAAAGCACGCAAGGAUAAACUGCAAUUAGCCUCAGGUUCGAAGCUGAAUAAUACUUCCUUCUUCAAUAGCGGGAAAAAAGAGAUGAAGUACUAUAAUUACACUGGAGAUGAGAUUGAUUUCAGGCUGAAACCAACCUCAGAAGGGAGGAAGUAUUCAAACAUUUCAUAACCAGAUCAGCUCAAUUAUA